UGCAGAACAACCGCAGCCGCUCAGUCUCACCAUCACAUGAAGCUGGGAGGGCACUCACAUCUGCUCCUGCCCUGACACACUGAAACACCGUGACAAUGUCGAGCCACUGCCAUCUUCGGGACCAUUGUCACCCUCGGGACCACUGUCAUCAUCACCUUCACCUUUCGCACCACUGUCACCCUUCGCACCACUGUCACACUUCGCACCACUGCCACCCUCGGGACCACUGUCACUCUUCGCACCACUGUCACACUUCGCACCACUGUCACCCUUCACACCACUGUCACCCUUCGCACCACUGCCACCUUCGGGACCUCUGCCACCUGCGAGACCUCUGUCACCUUCGGGACCACUGCCACCUUCGGGACCACUGCCACCUCCGGGACCACUGCCACCUGCAUAACUGGAGGCACAUAUCGAGGCAGAUGCGGAUGCUGGACCUGCGCCUGCAGCUGCUCCGUGACAGGCUGUGUGCAGCCCGCCUGCACAGGCUGUCCCUCCCUUGCUGCUGCUCGCACCAUCACGGCUGCCACGGCUUCCGCUGCCCAGGGAGAAGGGCCCUCAUUGCAAGGGCAAAAAGACUUGGCAUGCUAUUGAGCUCAUCCUGUUGCAACCUUCCUUGCAACCUUCCUUGCAGCCUUCCUUGCGACGUGAAGUGUUUUGACCCCCAUGAUGUCUGUGUGUCAGUGAAUGACGGGAAGGUGACGGUGCAUGCGGAGCACAAGGACGAAUGCGACACAGGAUUGUCAAAGUCAUGCAGCUACAGAAGAUUCACGAAGGAAUUCAGCCUGCCACCAGGGGAGGAGGAGGUCACCUACUCAGAGGAAUCCAACAGUGUCACGAAGAUUGAGCCACCCAAGUGCUGCUCUCAUCUCUGUGACCUCUGAGCUGCAGCACACAGUCAUUCCUCUCCUUCACCCCUUCUUUCCAUCUGAAUUAUGUCUGUCCCAAUAACUGUGUGUCAACAGCUUCUCUUACCUCUUCCACAAAAGAAAACAGCACUCUGA